AUGGCAUGUGAAACAGAACGCCGCCCAAUACGUAUUGGAGGUGCCUCUGGCGGCUUCACGGACCGUGUUGCAGCCAUCUCACGAUUGGCUUCUGACCCAGAAGUUGAUGCAAUUGUUGGCGACUGGCUCUCUGAAAAUGUCAUGACAGGAUAUGGUGCUGGCAAGGCGAAGAAGAAGCCACAAGCCGGUCUGUCAUUGGAGGAGAGAAAGCAGAACGCUAUGUACGCCAGCACAUUUUUACAGUGUUUUGAGCCUGCCAUUUCUCAUCUAGCAAAGAACAAGACGAAGCUGGCAGUCAAUGCUGGCGCCAGCGAUACCGAGCUGCUCGCCGAAGUUGUCAAAGACAUGGUCGAAAAUGCAGGGUACUCGAUGAAAGUUGCCUGGGUGGAGGGUGACGAUGUUACCGUACCAUUCCAACAGAUGGUUGCAGAUGGCCACACAUUUCAUAGCCUGACUGAUGGGAGGUCCUUGGGCGAAUGGGGACACAAACCGCUAUGCGCACAAGCUUACCUAGGAAGCUUUGGAAUAGCCGAAGCCCUGCGAAAAGGAGCCGAUAUUGUCAUUUGUGGAAGAGUCUCUGACGCAGCGCCGACUAUUGGUCUCGCCGCUUGGUGGCACAACUGGGGGCCAGUCCAGCUUGAUGAACUGGCCGGCGCUCUCAUUGCUGGCCACAUCAUUGAGUGUUCUGCUUUUGCCACGGGCGGGUAUUACAGCAGAUUCAAGGAUUUAAUGAAGUCACGUUCACACCUCAACCUUGGCUUCCCUGUUGCCGAAGUGUUCCACAACGGAGAGUGCAGAAUUACGAAAGAAAAAAACACAAACGGCGUGGUCAACACAGAAACCGUCAUAUCGCAACUGGUAUAUGAAAUUUCAGGGCCACUGUACUUCAAUUCCGAUGUAGUCGCCAAUAUUCACGACAUUCGCCUAGAACAAGUAUCAAGUGAUCUCGUUCACGUUUCCGGGGUGAAAGGUUUACCACCACCUCCAACAACACGCUGUGGUGUGACCGCUCAUGGUGGCUAUCAAGCUGAGUGGCACUUCUAUCUCGUCGGGUUGGACAUCGAGGAGAAAUGCCAAUGGAUGGAGGAACAAGCAAGGCAUGCCAUUGGUGACAAAAUUAUGAACCAGUUCACAAUGCUCAAAUUUCAUGUCCACGGUACAAGCCCUCCAGAUCCUCAAAAUCAGGAAAUUGCUACGGUUGAUUUUCGAAUCUUUGCUCAGGGGCCUACUGCAGACCUGUUUGACGGUACAAAGCCGGACGGUUUCGCUCGGAAAUUAUACGAGACGGUCCUGCAAUCAUGUCCGGGGGUCUCACGUCCAAACGACCUUCGCCAAUCUGCCGCAAAGAGCUAUUGGGAAUAUUUUGUCACAAGCAUCCCCCAAAGCGCCUGCAACCAUCGUGUCCAUCUCUUAUUUGGCGAUGAAUCUGUUACAGACAUACCUCUCCCACCAGAAACACAUGUGUACGGCCCUCAGCCGUCAUACGACCCGUCACAAAAUCGAGAUUUAUCGUCUUUUGGCCCUACAGAGCGCGCUCCCCUCGGUUGGGUUGCAUUGGCCCGCUCCGGCGACAAGGCAUCAGAUGCCAACGUAGGAUUCUUUGUCCGGCAUGAGGCGGACGAUGAGGAGUGGGAGUGGCUGCGGUCAAUACUCACGAUCCACAAGAUCAAAGAGCUCCUUGGGCCACACGAGUACAGCGGUGGUCGGAUCGACCGCUUCGAGAUGAAGAAUAUCAGAGCCGUGCAUUUUCUCCUAAAGGACCAUUUAGACAGAGGAUAUAACUCUGGGAGUAAGCUGGACACUUUAGCCAAAAAUCUAGGGGAGUACUUGAGAGCUAAAUUUGUUCCCGUGCCGAAGAAGUUCUUAGAAAAGGGGCACAUAUGA